AUCAGGUCCUUUCUUUUUACCAAGACAGUGAGAAGAAAACUACCGAUAACAUAGAUAUUUAAAAAAUUGAAAAAAACUUAAACCAGUUGAAAAUUAAUAAUACGUCGCAUGGAUUUACAAAUUGAUCAAAUAGGUCAAGAUCCUUUUUCCACACUUUCGAAGAGUUCGUCAGGUGGUGGAUCCCAAAAUUAUGUUCAUAUAAGAAAUCAGCAACGGAAUGGUCGUAAAAGUUUAACUACAGUACAAGGAUUAGGUACUGCUUAUGACGUCAAAAAAAUAUGUAAAGCUUUAAAAAGAGACUUUAGUUGCAAUGGCACAGUAAUUGAACACGAGGAGCUUGGUGAUAUUAUACAAUUGCAAGGAGAUCAACGUCAAAACGUAGCUCGUUUUCUACAGAUGCAGGGUCUUGUUCGUAAAGAUUUAAUAAAAGUUCAUGGUGCUUAAUUUUUAUAAUCAAAGCGUUUUGACGGUUUUAAUCAAACAUUCCACUGAAAAAAUAUUAGACCUAAUAAAAGAUACUACUCCUAUUAGUCAAUUGGUUAGUU